AUUGACACUGACCCCUUGUUUUGCAGAUGGUGAUGGAGUUCCAGGAUGGAGGAUUUAGUAUGGACUACCACAACGUCAAGCAAAAGGAGUUAGACAGCUUUCACCAGAAGCUGGAUGUGCUGUCCAAGGAUGAGCUGGCCGUGGAGCUCAUGGUGACCAGCAAACAGCUGUUCCGAGCGCUGUCCCAGCUUGUGCCGUGUGUGGGCUGUCGGAGAAGCGUGGAGAGGCUGUUUAACCAGCUGGUGGAGUCUGGUCACCCUGCCAUUGAGCCUCUGAUCGUCACCCCCCACUCUGUACUGUCCAUCAAACAUGCCUACCUGUUCGACCCGCGGUCCGUCUACACUCUCUUCUACGUGCACGGGUCCAGGCUCCAAGACGUGAUGGAAUCCAUCCCGAAGAGCAGCAAGAAGAACAACCGCUGCCUGCUGCACUCCUUGGACACCCACAAGGCCAAGCUGACUGGGAGCUGGAUUGACGUGUGGGAGUUGUUGUCGCAGGACUGUCGGGACGAGGUGGUGCUGAUCAACUGUGAGAGCCUACUGGAGACUAUGGAGACCUACCUCAGGAAGCACAGGUUCUGUACAGAGUGCAAGUCGAAGGUACUGCGUGCCUACAGCCUGCUGACUGGUGACAUUGACUCCACCAAUGAGAAGGGCUACUGCGCCACGCUAUACGAGGGCCUGCGCUGCUGUCCCCACGAGAGACACAUCCACGUGUCGGGCGAGACCGACUUCAUCGCUCACCUCAUCGGCAGAGCUGAGCCCGAGCUGGCAGGAAGAUUCUCUUCCAGCCGCCGGGAGCGCCACGCCAAGACGAUCGACAUCGCGCAGGAGGAGGUUCUGACGUGCCUGGGGAUCCACCUGUACGAGAGGCUGCACCGCAUCUGGCAGAAGCUCCGCGCCGAGGAGCAGACCUGGGAGAUGCUAUUCUACGUAGGGGUGGACACCCUACGCAAGAGCUUUGAGAUGGCAGUGGAACAGAAGCAGGGCUUCACCCAGCUGGAGCAGCUGUGUCUGGAGAUCAAGGAGGAGGAGCGCGCCCGCGAGCUCAAGCAGGAGAAGAAACGUCUCAAGCGCAAGAAACGCAAGAACAAGAACGCCACCGGGGAACGGGACGAGAAGGCCGAGGACAAGGUGACUUGUACUGGGGAGGAGGAGAAGGAGAACUGCAAGUGUAAUGAUGUGGAUGGGAACACUAGUUGCACUGCCAAUGGCUUCAGUGCAACCUACGACCUUCCGAGUGACGACGACGUGGCGGCCUCCACGUGUUCCUGCCCGUCCACGCGCCUCCACCCGCCCUCUUCCAAGGGAAACUCGUGUAGAAGCUAUCGCAGCGACUGCGGCUACUCGAGUGGGGUGGAGGGCAGCGAGAGUCUGAGCGGACACAGUUCCAGAGACGGGUCGGACAUCGCGUGUUCUGAAGGCAUCUGUAACCAUGGGUCCAUAGGUGACAUCAGUGGAGAGCCGUGUAGUCACUGUGAGGAGUUAGACGAUCCCGGCUGUAGCGACUGUCAGUCCAACUCCAGCUCCGGAUCCUCCCCAACCUCCAAGGUCGCCAGUAAGAAAGCUCAGGGCAAGAAGGCAAAGAAGAAAGCAAGUGAAAAGAAAUCUGGUGAAAGUAAGGCAGGACAGGGCCUGGUGAAUGGGGAGAGAAGGAUGCCACCUCCCUCCUCUGCUCCUCCUGCUUCCUUGGGCUGGCAGAGCAGUCUACAGGACAUGCUAGAGGAGUCUUGUCCAUCAGAAGACGAAGACUUCAUCUCAGAAGAGGACAUCCAGCUCUUUAAAGCCAACCAGAAGCACCUGGACAAAGAGCGGGAAAAGUUGCGGGAAACACUGCGGAAAAGAUUUGACAGCUUCCAGCGUCGAGAGUUGGGGGGCAAAGCCUGCUCCGAGAACGCCUCGGCAAAAUAGUUAAAACCUACAAGCACUCGAUAACUCAAAAAUCCAGUUUCUUACACUUCUAAUUUCUUCCUGUCAAUGCUGCUAGAUGCCUACUACAAUAUUUCCUAUGAAAUUAAAUCUAUACUACAGCUUCCUAUGCCUGCAUUCAAAUCAAAUCACCUAAAAUGGCUAUUCAACAAGAAAUCACUGGGAAUGUACAUUUUUUCUGAAUGGGGAUGCUUACUCAGAAAACAGAACCAGAAUGUUACAGAUAUUGGAACAUGCACAUGCGUAAAAGAAAGGUUUACAUGUGAGAUAGGACAUUACAUUUGUUACAGAUGGAUAGAGUGAGUGCUACAGCAGGACAUGACAGUCUAUAGUCUAGAACAUAGUAGAAGAGACCAGGAAAUAGGUAUUUCACACAUGAGCUUUUAUCAUAGCUAAAAAUGCAUGCCUUACAAGUCAACCCGCUUCUCUUCCAUAUUCUAUCUGCUAUUGCAAAACCAAAGAAUCUGGUGCUGACACACAAUUACAACAUCUUACUAAUAAUCAAGGAAAACUGCUUCUGAAAAAAAGUGUCUUCUGCCGUAAACAUUAACGAAGACCUGGACCAGAGAACUGUCAGGUUUUUCAAAGGAACACUUUGGAUAAUUGGGUUUGUCCCUUCAGGUGGUGAUAAACACAGUAACUGCCUUUAGAACUGAGCAAAGAAAAGGAAAGUCGUAGAUAGCAAAAAGUACAGGACAGUACAUUAUCACAGUGAUGUUUUAUGCUGCCUGGUACACCCCUCGUUACAAUGUGGAAUGACCCAUAAUGCCUCAUGUUGGACUGUUCCAUGACAGUUGAGGGGUAGUAAGGUUGAAGGUGUUGGGAAUUGUGCCAAAGGGCAAAGCAUGCCUUCACCAGGAGGGGCAAAAGACGACAGAGCCCUGCGCUGUUAAUUUGGUCCUGGAAAGAAGUUCUAGAUACAGAAUAACUCACAGAAUGAAUAAAGAAUUAUCAAAUACUAAGCCAAA